GUGGGAGUGGAGGGAGGAGGGACGUGUUCCUUCACGCACACAGCUAAUGAAGACAGAGAAAGAAACUCCAGGACUUACUUUCUCAGCUGAAGACAGGAACAAGAGGAGUCUUUUCACCUCUUUCCCCCAGAAGUCUCACCCUAGACCUGUGCUCUGGAGGAGUCAGUCCAGAGCCAAAAGAAGAUGAGCUUAACCUGGCGCAAAGGUUUUUACAGGCAGGAAGUAAACAAAACUGUGUGGGAGCUGCCCAGAAGAUAUACCUCCAUCAAUCCAGUGGGAUCCGGGGCUUAUGGCUCUGUCUGUUCAGCCAUAGAUAAGAAGACGGGGGAGAAAGUGGCCAUCAAGAAGCUGUGCCGACCAUUCCAGUCGGUGAUCUUUGCCAAGAGAUCAUACAGGGAGCUUAUGCUGCUGAAGCACAUGCAACAUGAGAACGUCAUUGGGUUGCUUGAUGUCUUUACCUCAGCCACCUCCUUCAAUGGAUUCCAGGACUUCUACCUGGUGAUGCCGUACAUGCGGACAGAUUUACAAAAGAUCAUGGGACAUGAGUUCAGUGAUGAAAAAAUCCAGUACCUGGUCUAUCAAAUGCUGAAAGGUUUGAAGUACAUUCAUUCUGCUGGAAUCAUUCACCGGGACCUGAAGCCAGGCAAUCUGGCUGUGAACGAAGACUGUGAACUAAAGAUCUUGGACUUUGGCUUGGCGAGACACACAGAUGCUGAGAUGACUGGCUACGUUGUGACCCGUUGGUACAGAGCACCAGAAGUCAUUCUGAACUGGAUGCAUUACAACCAGACCGUGGACAUCUGGUCUGUUGGUUGUAUCAUGGCAGAAAUGCUGACUGGGAAAACCCUGUUUAAAGGAAAAGAUUAUCUAGAUCAGCUGACCCAGAUCUUGAAAGUAACCGGACUCCCAGGAGAGGAGUUCGUGCAGAAACUGGAGGACAAAGCGGCUAAGAAGUAUAUCCAGUCCCUUCCCAAAAUUCCCAAAAUGGAUUUAUCCCGGCUUUUCCCCAAAGCCAAUCCUCUGGCGGUGGACCUGCUCGACAAGAUGCUGCAGCUGGAUGUGGAAAAGCGUCUCACAGCCACAGAAGCUCUGGCCCACGCGUAUUUUGACCAAUUCCGAGACAUUGAGGAGGAGACGGAGGCCCAGCAGUCCUACGACGAUUCGUUGGAGCAUGAGAAGCUUUCCAUAGAUGAGUGGAGAAGGCAUACAUACAAUGAGAUUCAGUCCUUCAGUCCGAUUGCCCGGAAGGACUCCAAGAGGCGGAGUGGUAUGUCUUUGUAGUGGCUGGGCCAGCCAAGGUUGGGGCUCAAUCCCCCUGCUGGGUCACAAAAGAGGACGCCUGUCAGGAUUUGGACCACCCCAGGGUCAGAUAUUUAUCAAUAUGGGCGUGUGGAACUUCUGUGCAUGUGUGGAACACAAGGAUGUUGAAUACACAAGAGUGUUGGGCUUUGUCCUGUGGGAGGAAACUGCACCAGAAACAUCUUUCAGUGCCAAAGAUGAAUGUAUUUCUCAUUAAAACCCCAGAUGGAAGAAUUUUA